AUGGAGAUGAAACUACUACUAUCUUGUUUGUCAGCAUUUAUUCUGAUCUUAUGCAGUGUAAAUCAUGUUAGAUCAGAUGCGUCUGAUCAUCGUUACAAGCCUGGAGAUGAUGUCCCUCUUUAUGUCAACAAGGUCGGACCUUUUCACAAUCCCAGUGAAACAUAUCGCUAUUUCGAUCUUCCUUUCUGUUCAUCAGGUCCCAGAAAGGACAAGAAGGAAGCCCUUGGUGAAGUGUUGAAUGGAGAUCGUUUAGUCACUGCCCCAUACAAACUUGACUUUUUAAAUGACAAAGACUCAGAAAUUGCUUGCAAGAAGAGGUUGACAAAGGAGCAAGUUGCUCAGUUCCGAGAAGUAGUUUCCAAGGACUACUACUUCCAGAUGUAUUAUGAUGACUUGCCCAUUUGGGGUUUCUUGGGGAAAGUUGAAAAGGAAGGCAAAAAUGACCCUAGCGAAUACAAAUAUUACCUCUUUAAGCAUCUUCACUUCACCAUCUUUUACAACAAGGAUCGCGUCAUUGAGAUCACUGCACAAUCUGAUCUGAACAAUGUUGUAGACCUGACUGAGGAUAAGGAAGUUGAUGUGGAGUUCAUGUAUUCAGUUAAAUGGAAGGAAACAGAAAUUCCUUUUGAGAAAAGGAUGGAGAAGUAUUCGCAGUCUUCAUCACUGCCUCAUCACUUGGAAAUCCAUUGGUUCUCAAUUAUUAACUCAUGUGUGACAGUUCUCCUGUUGACUGGUUUUCUUGCCACAAUUCUCAUGCGAGUCCUUAAGAAUGAUUUUGUCAAGUAUGCACAUGAUGAGGAGUCGGCUGAAGACCAAGAAGAGACUGGAUGGAAGUACAUCCACGGCGAUGUAUUUAGAUACCCAAAGUAUAAGUCUGUACUUGCGGCAGCAGUUGGUUCUGGUACCCAGCUGUUUACUCUCACAAUUUUUAUUUUCUUGCUCGCACUAGUUGGUGUGUUUUAUCCUUAUAAUCGCGGAGCUCUUUUCACUGCACUAGUUGUCAUAUAUGCCCUUACAGCUGGAAUUGCUGGCUACACUGCAGCCUCUUUCUUUUGCCAACUGGAAGGAACAAACUGGGUCAGAAACUUGUUAUUAACUGGAAGCCUGUUUUGUGGACCACUGUUUCUCACUUUCUGCUUUCUUAAUACUGUUGCAAUCGCUUAUAGUGCCACUGCAGCGUUGCCAUUUGGAACGAUUGUGGUGAUUUUUCUUAUUUGGGCUCUGGUGACAACACCAUUGCUGGUUCUGGGUGGGAUUGCAGGGAAGAAUAGCAAGGCUGAGUUUCAGGCUCCUUGCCGCACCACUAAAUAUCCCAGAGAGAUUCCUUCUUUGCCUUGGUAUCGGAAAUCUCUUCCUCAGAUGGCCAUGGCAGGGUUCUUGCCUUUCAGUGCAAUCUAUAUUGAGCUUUACUACAUAUUUGCCAGUGUUUGGGGUCACAGGAUCUACACCAUAUACAGCAUCUUGUUCAUUGUCUUCAUCAUUCUCUUGAUUGUCACUGCUUUUAUAACAGUGGCAUUGACAUAUUUCCAACUUGCUGCUGAAGACCAUGAGUGGUGGUGGAGGUCUUUCCUCUGCGGUGGAUCAACUGGCUUGUUCAUUUAUGGCUAUUGCUUGUAUUACUACUUUGCAAGAUCAGAUAUGUCCGGCUUCAUGCAAACCUCAUUUUUCUUCGGCUACAUGGCCUGUGUUUGUUAUGGUUUCUUCCUCAUGCUUGGAAGCAUCGGUUUCCGUGCUUCCUUGUUCUUUGUCCGCCACAUUUACCGCUCAAUCAAGUGCGAGAGAAGCAACAGUUGGCUGGGAAAAUGUGUUCUAGGAUCGCCCAAGCUAUAUUCCACUGCUUUGGAGGAUGAUUGCACAUUACAUGGAGGACUUUUGAAUUUGACCUCACCAGCUGACCUAGCUACAUGCUUCCACUGCAUGAGAGCGAAAAUGGAGAAGAAACUAGUGCCAUGUUUGGUAGCAUAUGUUUUGAUCUUAUGCAGCGUGACCCAUGUUAGAUCAGAUGCAUCUAAUCAUCGUUACAAUAGAGGAGAUGAUGUCCCACUUUAUGUUAACAAGGUUGGACCUUUUCACAAUCCCAGUGAAACAUACCGCUAUUUUGAUCUUCCUUUUUGUUCAUCAGGUCCUACAAAGGACAAGAAGGAAGCCCUUGGUGAAGUGUUGAAUGGGGAUCGUUUAGUCACUGCCCCAUACAAACUUGACUUUUUAAAUGACAAAGACUCCGAAAUUGCUUGCAAAAACAAGCUGACAAAGGAGCAAGUUGCUCAGUUUCGAGAAGCAGUUUCCAAGGACUACUACUUCCAAAUGUACUAUGAUGACUUGCCCAUUUGGGGUUUCUUGGGGAAAGUUGAAAAGGAAGGCAAGAAUGACCCUAGCGAAUACAAAUAUUACCUCUUUAAGCAUCUUCACUUCACCAUCUUUUACAAUAAGGAUCGCGUCAUUGAGGUCACUGCACAAUCAGAUCUGAACAAUGUUGUGGACCUUACUGAAGAUAAGGAAGUCAAUGUGGAGUUCAUGUAUUCAGUUAAAUGGAAGGAAACAGAAAUUCCAUUUGAGAAAAGGAUGGACAAGUAUUCUCAGUCUUCUUCACUGCCUCAUCACUUGGAAAUUCAUUGGUUCUCCAUUAUUAACUCAUGUGUGACAGUUCUCCUGUUGACUGGUUUUCUUGCCACAAUUCUCAUGCGAGUCCUGAAGAAUGAUUUUGUCAAGUAUGCUCACGAUGAGGAGUCAACUGAAGACCAAGAAGAGACUGGGUGGAAGUACAUCCACGGUGAUGUAUUUAGAUACCCAAAGUAUAAGUCUGUACUAGCGGCAGCAGUUGGUUCUGGUACCCAGCUGUUUACUCUCACAAUUUUUAUUUUCUUGCUCGCACUAGUUGGUGUCUUUUAUCCUUAUAAUCGUGGAGCUCUUUUCACCGCCCUGGUUGUUAUAUAUGCCCUUACAGCUGGGAUUGCUGGCUACACUGCAGCCUCUUUCUAUUGCCAACUGGAAGGAACAAACUGGGUCAGGAACUUGUUAUUAACUGGAGGCCUAUUUUGCGGACCUCUGUUCCUCACUUUCUGCUUUCUUAAUACUGUUGCAAUUGGGUAUAGCGCCACUGCAGCAUUGCCAUUUGGAACAAUAGUGGUGAUAUUUCUUAUUUGGGCUUUGGUGACAACACCAUUGCUGGUUCUGGGUGGGAUUGCAGGGAAGAAUAGCAAGGCUGAGUUUCAGGCUCCUUGCCGCACCACUAAAUAUCCCAGAGAGAUUCCUCCGCUGCCUUGGUAUCGGAAAUCACUUCCUCAGAUGGCCAUGGCAGGGUUCUUGCCUUUCAGUGCAAUCUAUAUUGAGCUUUAUUACAUAUUUGCCAGUGUUUGGGGUCACAGGAUCUACACCAUAUACAGCAUCUUGUUCAUUGUCUUCAUCAUUCUCUUGAUUGUCACUGCUUUUAUAACAGUGGCAUUGACAUAUUUCCAACUUGCUGCUGAAGACCAUGAGUGGUGGUGGAGGUCUUUCCUCUGCGGUGGAUCAACUGGAUUGUUCAUUUAUGGCUAUUGCUUGUAUUACUACUAUGCAAGAUCAGAUAUGACUGGUUUCAUGCAAACCUCAUUUUUCUUUGGCUACAUGGCUUGCGUUUGCUAUGGUUUCUUCCUCAUGCUAGGCUCCAUUGGUUUCCGCGCUUCCUUGUUUUUUGUCCGCCACAUUUACCGUUCAAUCAAGUGCGAAUAG